AUAAACUUAUUGUACUAAGUACGCGCGUGUAUUUAUUUGAAUGCAACUAUGAUGUUACCGUAUAAAUAAUAACAAACCAUAAUUACAGCCAGUCGAACAAAACGAUUAUACCUUGUCAAAUCACGCGCCUUACGUCGAAUUUUGCGGUUAUUUCUCUCUAUGUCAGUCUCCGCCCUCCCGGCAAAUUUUCCCGCCCGUCACCACUUCUCACAUGUUUUAUAUUUUGUAGUUGUACAAUAGUAAUAAUUAUAAGUUUAGAUAAUCGCAUGCAUAGUAUUUUUACGUUUUUUUUAUUUGUCUUACGGUUGUGCGAAUGUUCCGCGUGCACCGCGUAGUGUACAUUUUUGUAAUGACGGCCAUCGGUCGGACGAAACUCUGGUGAGUUGACGUUUUACUUCUAUUAUUGAACAAAUCAACUAGCUUCAAUCACGCAACGAACAUUAUAAAAUAAUACUACUAUUGAAAUUUAUUUUAACUAUCAAACAAGAACACAAUGGCUGUAAAAGGAUGCAACGGUGAAGCUAAAUUAGCAAAUGGGGCAAGUUGUAACAAGGUUACUGUAGUUUUGGGUGCUCAAUGGGGAGAUGAAGGUAAAGGCAAAGUCGUUGAUAUGUUGGCUUCUGAUGCAGAUCUUGUUUGUCGUUGUCAGGGUGGAAACAAUGCAGGCCAUACAGUUGUAGUAGAUAACAAAGAAUUUGACUUUCAUUUAUUACCAAGUGGCAUAAUAAAUCCUAAUUGCAAGUCUAUUAUUGGUAAUGGAGUUGUAAUUCACCUUCCUGGAUUAUUUGAAGAAUGCAUCAAAAAUGAAAGAAAAGGACUUAUUAAUUGGAAACAACGACUAUUAAUCUCUGACCGUGCUCAUCUUGUGUUUGACUUUCAUCAGCAAGUAGAUGGUCUUCAAGAGAUGGAAAAAGGGAAAAAAUCGUUAGGAACUACAAAAAAGGGUAUUGGCCCCACUUAUGCUUCCAAAGCUACUAGAAAUGGUCUUAGACUAGCUGAUUUACUUGGAGAUUUCAACACAUUUAAAGAAAAGUUAUUUUUUUUAGGAACUUAUCCUUAUGUGACAUCUUCAAAUUGUAGUAUUGGAGGAGUUUGUACUGGAUUAGGUUUACCACCAUCAACAAUUGGUGAUGUUAUUGGAGUGGUCAAAGCAUAUACUACUAGAGUUGGUGAUGGUCCUUUUCCUACUGAAUUAAAAGAUGAUAUUGGUGAAAAACUUCAGAUUAUUGGACAUGAAAUUGGUGUUACAACUAAGCGAAAAAGACGUUGUGGAUGGCUAGAUAUUCCAUUACUUAUAUAUACAUCGAUGGUGAAUGGUUAUACUAAAAUAUGUUUGACAAAACUUGAUAUAUUGGAUGAUUUUGAUGAAGUCAAAAUUGGUUUUGAAUAUUUGUUAAAUGGGAAGAAACUUAAUUAUUAUCCAUCCAGUUUAUUUGAACUCUCAUCUGUUAAAGUUAACUAUUUAACUUUACCGGGUUGGAAGAAAAACAUUAGUAGCAUAAGAUACUUUAAUGAUUUACCAGAAAAUGCUAAAAAAUUUGUGUUUACUAUAACAGAACUCCUUGAAGUACCAGUUAAAUGGGUUGGAGUUGGUCAAGGCAGAGAAUCGAUGAUAAGUGUAGAUUAAUUUAACUAAAUAUUUUUGAAACUAUGAAUUGUUGUCAUAAACACUAAUUUAAAACCUAUAUAUUUUAUAAUUUACAUUUAUACCAUGCUGAAAAAUAUCAUUUAUGCAAACUUAAUGCUUCUUAUUCAACUAAAAAUAUAAAAUAAGGAAAAAACCUUUUAAUAUAAAAUUGUAUAACAUAAUUGAAAAUUUCGAAUGUUAUUAAUAAUUUAAUUGAACUGAUUUACUUAAUUAAAUAUCAUGAAAUACUUUUUUUAUCAUGUUAAAUUCUUAGUAAUUGUUAAAUUAUACUAGUACUGAACUUAAUACAUGUUCAUUGUGACAUAAUUGUGAAUUAGUGAUAAUAUUACACACUUUUGUCAGACAAAAAUUCAGGAUUACAUUUUAUUCUACUUGUAUGUACAUAUAUAAAAUCUGUGUUUUUCUUUUAAUCAUUGUUAAACCGUGAAUAUAAAUUCUUGAAUUACUUUCA